AUGAAGAGUGAGCAUCAAGGCCCAGAACUACUUUUUAAAAAUACACCCCGUCCGCCCCGCGAGGAGCUGCUGGCUGUUCGGUCGCCGGCUUGGGCAGGCAGUGACGUCACUGCCCUGGUUUGGCGCCCUCCCCCAGGCCACCCCUACAUCAUGACCGUGGGCACCGUGGCGGGCGACGAGGAGUCGUACGAAGUGUUCAAGGAGCUCUUCGACCCCAUCAUCGAGGACCGGCACGGCGGCUACAAGCCCAGUGACGAACACAAGACCGACCUCAACCCCGACUGGCACAAUGACAAUAAGACCUUCCUGGUGUGGAUCAAUGAGGAGGACCACCUGCGGGUCAUCUCCAUGCAGAAAGGGGGCAACAUGAAGGAGGUGUUCACCCGGUUCUGCAAUGGCCUCACCCAGGUGGAGCUGGUGCAGAUGGUGGUGGACGGCGUGAAGCUGCUCAUUGAGAUGGAGCAGCGGCUGGAGCAGGGUGUCCUGGCCUCCCUGCCUGCCCCGGGGUACACCUCAGGCCUGACAAUGCCCCUUCCCCCCAGGCACAAUGACAAUAAGACCUUCCUGGUGUGGAUCAAUGAGGAGGACCACCUGCGGGUCAUCUCCAUGCAGAAAGGGGGCAACAUGAAGGAGGUGUUCACCCGGUUCUGCAAUGGCCUCACCCAGAUUGAAGGGCUCUUCAAGUCUAAGAACUACGAGUUCAUGUGGAACCCGCACCUGGGCUACAUCCUCACCUGCCCGUCCAACCUGGGCACGGGGCUGCGGGCGGGCGUGCACAUCAAGCUGCCCCACCUGGGCAAGCACGACAAGUUCGCCGAGGUGCUCAAGCGGCUGCGGCUCCAGAAGCGAGGCACAGGUGCGUGGGGCAGGGUCUGAC